AUGUGGUAUGACAAUGAACGAAUUUUAGAAGAAGAAGGAAUUAGCAGAUUAUUAGUUGGAAGAACGUUUGCAUAUUUCCCAAAAUAUGCAGAUGGUAAUAAUAAUAAUAAUAAUGAUAUAAGUAGCGAAAAUAAAGAGAAUUUAGAUAGUAUAGAUAAUAUAAAAUAUGAUAAUAAGGAAUAUACAUUAAUAACACAAAGAUUAGGUAGAACAAUAAUACCAUUAAAUCCUGAAUUAUUAGCACAAUCUACAUUUGAUCAAGAUAUUAUUGAUGGAUAUUUAAAUGAAAUACAUAAAAAUAUACAUAAUUAUUCUAUACUAACAGAAUAUUCAUUUCUUAUGAAUGAAAUACCAAGAAAUUUUUAUUGUUUACCCCAAAUAGAUAAUUUAUUAAUAUGGGAUGUUUUUAUAAUGUUAUAUAGUACUGUAUAUAAAAAUGCAAAAUUAAAAUUACAAAUACGUUUAAGUCAUAAUUAUCCAAAUACAUGUCCAGAAGUAUUUUUUAUAACACCCAUAUUCCAUCCUUUAGUUAAUAUUCAAACAGGAAAAUUAAAUUUAGGCACUAGUCUCUCUAAUUGGGAUCCUAGUUGCCAUUAUAUGUCUCUUAUAUUUUUAUAUAUAAAAAACCUCUUUUAUUUACAAGAGGAAUAUAAUAAAGAAACUGUAGAAAAUCAAGAAGCGCUUUUUUUAUUAAACAAUGAUAAAGAUGAAUUUAUUAAAAAUGUUCAAAAAUAUAUAAAUCUGGGUAAUAAAAAAAUAUAUGAUCAUAUGGAAAAUUGUAUGUUUAACUUUAAUCAAAAGGAAGAACAUAUUGAAAUAAAAGAUAAGUUGGAAAAUAUUAAAACUGAUCAGGUAUGUGCUAGAAAGGCUGAGGCCUUUAUACACUGGUUGAUAAAUGAAUACUCGAUGGAAAGCACAAUGGGGGAUGAGGAAAGUAUAAAUGGAGAAGAAAAAAAAAUAAAUGAUAAUGAGAACAAUAUAAAUACCGAUGAGAAAAAUAAGGAAAGCAUAAAAAGGGAUGACACAAAUGAGGAAUAUAAUCAAAGUGAUAAUAUAAAUGUUGAAAAAUAUUCAAUGGAUAAUUAUAUAAAUAAUGUUAAUACAAAUGAAUAA